CGGAAACUCUUUUCUCCAAGUUCUCUCUAAUUAUAGUUUUUCCAAAUUUUUACAAUUCCAACCCCUUUCUCUCUAAUCUCUCUUCCAAACCUCUGCAUCGCUUUCAAAUCCAAAUACAUUUUGACUCUUUUCACCACUCUCGUUUCCACGUUCUUCCUUUUCACCAGAGGAAGAAUGUCGAUGACAGAGCCGGUGUGGAAGAUCAAUCCAUAGCCAUUUUAAUACUCUGUUUUAUUUCUUCCAUUAAUUGUAUCUAGGGUUUUGGUUUUUGGAUGAUUACAUCUUUGUAUAGGAUUAAAUGGGGAAUUGCUUUGAAUCUUGUUCGAAGAGAAAUGAUAAUGAGGACGAUAAUCUUGACUCCUCAGUGAACUCGAAACCCUUUUCACGAGCUAAUAGUGAUACUGGAAGAAGCUCGAAUCUGUCAUAUCCAUGGAGUUUAAAACCUCUCAUUACAAGAAAAUGUGAAGCUAUCAGUGCUCUACCUCCACCGCACAAAGAAGGAGACAUAAUGCAUUCUCAAUAUUUGAAGUCCUUUACCUUAGAUGAGCUAAAGAAUGCUACAGGAAACUUCUGUCCAGAGAGUCUAAUUGGAGAAGGAGGGUUCGGGUUUGUUCACAAAGGCUGUAUUAAUGGUGGACCUGGAAUCGAACUCGCGGUUGCUGUAAAGAAGCUUAAAACCGAAGGGCUUCAGGGACAUAAGGAGUGGCUGAGGGAAGUGAAUUAUCUUGGAAGAUUGCAUCAUCCGAAUCUAGUGAAACUGAUUGGUUACUCCUUGGAAAACGAACACCGCCUUUUGGUUUACGAGCAUUUGCCUAAUGGUAGUCUUGAGAAUCAUUUGUUUGAAAGGAGUUCCAGUGUGCUUUCUUGGUCACUGCGUAUGAAAGUCGCGAUUGGUGCUGCUCGAGGGCUAUGUUUUUUGCAUGAAGCUAAUGACCAAGUCAUUUACAGAGACUUCAAAGCAGCAAAUAUCCUUCUCGAUUCAGGAUUCAACGCCAAACUCUCAGACUUUGGAUUGGCCAAAGAAGGUCCAAAAGAUAACCGUUCACAUGUGACAACAGAAGUCAUGGGUACAGAAGGUUACGCAGCUCCAGAGUAUCUAGCAACAGGUCAUCUAACAACGAAAUGUGAUGUCUACAGCUUCGGUGUAGUGUUGCUAGAGAUUCUCUCUGGGCGUCGAGUCAUAGACAAAUCCAAAUCACGGGAAGAAGAAAACCUAGUGGAUUGGGCAACACCUUACUUGCGAGACAAGCGAAAAGUGUUUAGGAUAAUGGACACAAAGCUUGUGGGUCAAUACCCUCAGAAAGCAGCGUUUAUGAUGUCUUUCUUGGCUUUACAAUGUAUCGGAGAUGUUAAGGUUAGACCAUCGAUGCUUGAGGUCGUAUCUCUUCUUGAGAAAGUUCCAAUUCCAAGACAUAGAAAGAGUAGAAGCAAAGGUUUUGCUUGUACUAACUCUGCUUCUAUGCCUUCAAAACGGUUUCUCAGACAUCCUAAGGACUAAAAAAAUCUUUGGCUUUUUGGAUCGUUCUUUUGUGGAAAUGGAAUAUAAAACUUUUUUGUUACUUCAUUAAUAACUUAUGAUUAAUUAUGAGAAAUGGAAAUUAAAGAU